CUCUGAGGAAGCAGUACACACUGCGAAACGUUAGGGCAUUUCGGCUGUAUGGACCUAACCAAGGACCUUUUUUAACUAUUUUAUCGGCAUUUUAACUUCCCACCGUCAGGCUCGGCACGGUGUGGAUUUUAAUGUGCUUUUUUAACUCCUUUUUUCUAAAUAAAGUUUGUUUUAACAGUUAGAGUGAGCCUCCUGCUACAGGCUUUUUUAACAUCACCACUAAGACCUGGAUGGCAGCCGUUUUUAACAUCUCCUGCAGGACAUAAACCACCAAUUGAACUGUGGAUGGACUUUUAAUCUGUUUUCAGGAUUGAAACAGGUGGAACACCACCAAUUGUUCCUGAGGACUGCUGCCACGGGACUCCGGCCUGGUGAGCCAUCGGGCCCAGGCUCAGGACCGGCAGUAACAUCGGGCCUGAGUCCGGAUCCCCAGCCAGAGAAAGUGGUAACACUGGUGGAGAGGAAACAUAUGAUGAGAUGUGAGUCUGAAAAGCAUAACAAUGCUGACGACCCAGACAAAAACAACCUCUCUGAUCCUCCCACCUUAAAAACUACACUUACCUCUGGCCAGCGGGAUCCACAAAAUCACCCGAUCCUGCCGUACCCAGCAUCUGAAAAACAUCCCACUAAUGACACGUUUUCACCUGUAUGCCAUAGAGCCAGACCAGGAGCGAAACUCAUGGACUGGAGUCUCCACGGUAUGAAACCAAUUUGGUUCAUAGGAGACUCCAAUCUAAACCGCAUCCCGGCCCACAACAACCCACAACUACAAAUAGACAGCUACCCAGGGGCCUCAACUUAUCAUUUCUGGAGGCUUCUGGAAAACACUCCCCCUCAUCCACACAUAAAGGUGGUGGUGCUGUCCGUGGGGCUUAACAACAGAAAUCAAGACCCACAUAAAACCACCAACAAGCAGCUCAGAAUGCUAUUUAAGAGAGCACAGACUGCCUUCCCUAACGCUGGUAUUUUUGUGCCUCUCAUUAACCAUUCACCCAACCUUCCACAGGAGGAGAAGAGAAAUUUGGCAGCUAUUAACCAAUGCAUCUCUCUUCACCUCCCCUUCCUCAGCCCCAUCCCUCCCAAGCAGUUUGUCACCACCCCUGAUAACAUUCACUGGACAACCGCCACAGCUAGAACAAUAUUCCAACACUGGUGUGCAGAGCUACAACUAAAUUUUUAGAUCCACCGCAGCCGACACGGGCAUCCGGAGAAGAGAGCAGCGCUCUCUCUCCCUCCUCCGCUCUGCCCCUCCCCUCCCCCUCCUCCGCUGCUGCACCGGGUCCGACUCAUUCACGGGCACACACACGAAGCCAGAUCGCCACCUCUGCUACGGACUUCAGCUGGGCCUCUGAAUCCAACAUCCUAAACUUAGCGACAUUAUUCCGACCCACUCAGGCUCAAGCUGAAUUGUUAGAAAAGGGACUCACCUUUAUCCCAGCUCCACGUACUUUUGAUACGGAGGAAUUGCGCAGAGAUCUAUAUCAGUACCACAGAAAAAUAAAACUACUGGAUUAUUUUCAAAACACAAAAUCGAACAAAAUACCAUUUACCUCUCCUUCCAAUUGGGAACCCGCGUGGGAAUACCUAGAUGUAAAAAUAAAACGAUUAAUUCGACAAGACGUGCGCAGCAUGAACAGUUAUUCCCCGCCUGUAACAUCAAAUAACAGUACCUCUCACCAAGAACAAUCUCAAAUUAUCAGGUCACUUCAGAACAACCCCCACAUAAUAAUAAAACCUGCGGACAAAGGGUCGAAAAUUGUCAUCAUGGACAAACAACAGUAUGCUCUGGAGGCUAGAAGACAGUUAUCAAACAUGACGUAUUAUAAACCCAUACAAUCUAGCCUCCAACAUACAACACAAACCAGAAUUCGAACAAUAACUCAAGAUUUAUACCACAAAAAAUAUAUAUCAGCCAAACAACGCAACUUUCUAUUCGGCCCCGACGAUCCCCGUGAACGGCGUUUUUACCUACUUCCCAAAAUUCAUAAAGAGCCGCAGACUUGGACGGUCCCGUUUAAAAUCCCCCCGGGUAGACCGAUCGUCUCCGACUGCAACAGCGUGACAUACAAUAUCUCUCAAUACAUCGACUCCUUUCUAGGUCCUCUUUCCGUUAGACACCCCAGUUAUUUAAAGGACACCUACCACUUCAUUGAAAAAAUCCGACCGCUGGUUUUACCGAGCAACGCCAUCCUAUUUACCAUAGACAUUGACAGUUUAUACACUAAUAUUGAUACGCGCAUGGGCUUACAAACAAUUCGCACUAUUUUUAACAGAUAUCCAGACAGGAAUAGACCAGACGAUGACAUCUUACAAUUACUAGAAAUCUGUUUAACAUGUAACGAUUUUACCUUUGAUAAUCAAUAUUACCUACAGGUCCACGGCACAGCAAUGGGACACCGAUACGCCCCCUCCUACGCCAACCUCUACAUGAGUGAGUGGGAGAGGAGCGCCCUCCAAAAAUGUCCCCUCCAGCCUCUGUUUUAUCUCCGGUUUUUAGAUGAUAUUAUAGGGGCGUGGGAACAUGGAGAAGAAAAGUUUUUACAAUUCAUACAAAUUCUUAAUCAUCAUCACCCCUCCAUUAAGGUCAAACAUAGUCUGGAUGCAAAACAAAUCAAUUUUCUGGAUACCACAGUUUACUUUCAUAACGUCAAUGAACAAAAUAAAAAACUACUUACCAGAGUCUACUUCAAACCGACGGACACCCACGCGUUGCUCCAUAAAACCAGCUACCACCCGAAACACACUUUUAAAGGUAUAGUCAAAUCACAAAUCAUUAGAUUCCACCGUAUUUCUUCAAGCCCAGAGGACCUAGAAAAUGCAAUUUCCACCCUAUUCACCAGUCUGAGACGUAGAGGUUACUCCAGGCGAUUCCUCCGGUCCAUCAAGAGCAGCACGCUGGCGUCCCUCCGUACUGAGACAGGUGUAAUUAAUCGAAAUAACUCAUUACAAAAUGGCGACAGCCCAUUACAGGAUGGUGACAGCUGCGCAGGUGCAAUAGUCCCUCUGAUCACAACCUUUUCCAACAGAUACACGGGAUUACAUAACACACUGAAAAAUAACUUCCAGCGCUUUUUGACAGAUCACCCUAUAUUAAAGGAGUACAGAGUCAUUUCAGCACUGAGGAAGAAUAAAAACCUGAGAGAUGCAUUGGUGAAAGCCUCCUUUGGAAAAGACAAAAAUAAAAACAAACCACAAAACCUAUGGAAAUUCAAGCACACCAAGUUUCUCUACAACCCCCACAGUGGCAGAGGCACCUCAGUAAAUGGCUACUUCUCUAUAAAAGAAAAAAACGUGGUCUAUUGUCUACAGUGUACACAGUGUAAUUUAUUAUACAUAGGGGAGACAGUCAACACUAUACAGGCCAGGCUCAAACAACACCUUUACAAUAUUAGGGAAGGCAGGCUACAAACCCCACUCGUAAACCACUUCCGCUCUCAUUCCACACAAGGAAUGACAGUCAUGGGUCUUGAGGCCUGUGCGACGUGGACGGGAGGCCAGCGAAGAUGGAGGGAGAGAUGCUGGAUUGACAGACUGAAGACUCGGAUCCCCCAGGGCCUUAAUGUCACAUAAUGACUCUCCUGGGUGUGUGUGGGGGGAGGUGGAUGAGGGGGACACGACGCAUGCUACCUCUGAAAAAACAAGCAAUAAACAAUUAGCACUUAUUUUAAUACGGGGUCAUCUCUUUGUUCUGGUGAUAUGAAUUAAUUUUCUCUGUCUUAUUUAUUGUAUUUAUUCUUAUUUAUUUUAAAGGGUACUUUUAUUAUUUAAUUAUAUUAUAUUAUCUCAUUUUACCUUUUUAUUAUAGUUAUUUUUUUAUUUAUUUUAUUCUAGUCAUCUCCACCAUUUUAUCAAUCACUCUAUUUAUUCUAUUACAGCUAUUUCAUUUACUAUCUUUUAAUCUUUCACACUCCCAGGUAUCUUUGUUUUACUUUAUGCACACACAUAUAUAUACCUACUUUUAUUCCUUGUUUUACUGAGUGAUGGCAUGGUUUGAACCUUUGAGCACUUAUUUAAAUAUAUUGAUUAUGUACAGCAUGGUGUGACAAAAAUUGUGUACAUUCUUAUGGCGUGAAACAUUUUACUGCAUGCAUGGCUUGAUGUGAUUUUGCACUUAUUUAUUUAUUUAUUUAUUUAUUUAUUCUUAGCCCUGCUUUAUUCUCCUUGUACCUUUCAUCUAAUACAUAACUUUACCUCCCUCAGCACUUACUAGAAAAACGUCUUAUCUUCAACCAUCCACCAGAGGGAGCCAUUGUACCACUUUUAUCUUCUCUCACCAGAACAUUGACCCAAAUAAAGCACAAAGUUCAAUACAUAUACAUGUGUGUGUGUGUGUACUACACAAGUGCAAUCCUUACUACACUAGGGCUGGACAGGACACAGUACUUUAAAACUCAGAAGAUGUACUUGCUCUUCCAUAACAACCCAAAGUGUUUACAAUGGUGGCAGAUUUUGUCGUCUUGUUCUCCUCUCCUCUUCCUUUUCCCAUCUUCCUCAUGCUUACAAACUAUGAGUGUGAUUCCGGUCUGUCGCCCCCUCCUCUCCCUCUAUCUGACGUCAUAAUAACUGCUUCCCCCUCCUUUUGCAGAUCCAAAUUUCAA